UCAGUGGGAGCUCACUCCUCCUUCUCCACACUGCAGCUUCCGCCCUGCUCUGCCGCACGCACUGCUAGAGGAAGCAUGGCGUCACUUACCAUGCCAGCGGGUGUCACCACUGUCCUCCUAGAUAUCGAGGGUACCACCACCCCCAUUACCUUUGUGAAGGAAAUUUUGUUCCCUUACAUUGAAGACAAUGUUAAAGAAUAUUUGCAGAAUCACUGGGAAGAAAAAGAGUGCCAGGAGGAUGUUCAGCUUCUAAGAUUACAGGCAGAAAAAGACCGUGAACUCAAUGGAUUUGUGCCCAUUCCUGUGAAUGAAGCAGAGGUACAAAAGAUUAUCCAAGGUGUGGUCGAUAAUGUUAAUUGGCAAAUAUCACUAGACAGGAAGACGACUGCUCUUAAACAGCUCCAAGGCCACAUGUGGAGAGCUGCAUAUGCUUCUGGACAAAUCAAAGGAGAGGUCUAUGACGAUGUUGUUCCAGCACUAAGAAAAUGGAAGGAAGCAGGCAUAAAGCUUUACAUAUUUUCCAGCGGUAGCGUUGAAGCGCAGAAACUGUUGUUUGGAUACUCAAUUGAAGGUGACCUACUUGAGUUGUUUCAAGGGCACUUUGACACUACUGUCGGGCCUAAGGUCGAGAGUGAAAGUUACAGAAAAAUCGCUGAUCAUAUUGGAUGUUCAACAGAAAACAUUCUUUUUUUAACAGAUAUUACUACAGAGGCGAAAGCUGCAGAGGAAGCGGGAGUGAAUGUGGCUGUAGUAAUGAGACCUGGUAAUGCAGCUCUAACAGAUGAGGAGAAAGCCAGCAAUCCACUUAUAACCUCAUUCAUGCAGAUAACAUGCAUGCAUAAAAUCAAUUAA